AACCCAGCCAGUUCAGCACAGCUCCUUCCAAACCCCCAACCCAAUCUACACCUGGGAAAUACAUACAUAUAUAUACAAACUCGCCCAACAUGAGGCCCCUCACCGAACCAGAAACAAAAACUCUCUUCGAGAAACUCGCUUCCUACUGCGGAAAAGGCAUCACAAACCUCAUCGCCGACCCAGCUGGCGGCUCCGACCGCAACGUCUUCCGCGUCCAGGGCUCCCGCGUCUACUACGUCCGUGAAUCCCUCGCCAACCUCGCCACAAGCGUCGCGCGCGACAACCUGCUCUCCCUGGGAAUCUGCCUCGGAAAAUUCACAAAAACCGGGAAAUUCCGUCUCCACAUCACAGCGCUGAGCGUCAUUGCGCCGCACGCGCGGUACAAGGUGUGGGUGAAGCAGAAUGGCGAGAUGCCGUUCUUGUACGGCGGCAAUGUGUUGAAAGCGCAUGUCGGGAGGUGGAGCGAGGAUUGUCCUGAGCACCAGGGUGUUGUGGUGUUGAGUAUGAAUGAUACACCGUUGGGAUUCGGUGUGAGUGCGCGGUCGACGGUUGAUGCGAGGAAGUUGGAUCCGACGGGUAUUGUUACGUUUAGGCAGGCGGAUAUUGGGGAGUACCUGCGAGAAGAAGAUUCGCUGUUUACGACUUGAGUUGGUAAGAUGGUCAAGGGAAAGUUUUUAGAGGAAUGUAGGUUGGAGUGGAGGUAAGAGGAAAAACUAAACGCGCAAUGGGGAUUGAAUGCCCGUGUCAAAGAAAACACCAUGCAGCGCGCAGAAGCUGAGAAAAAGUGUGCAAGCAAUGGGGGGCUGGCUUGCUGAAAGAAGAACUCUACAAGAACAAAUGAGAUACCCAAGUCCCUCCACCGUCACGCAGCGAACAUGUAGAUACGAAGCCCGCCUCUUUUCACAUCUAAAAGUAACUUGUUUCACAAAGCACCAAUCUUGUUUCUUCUAGUUAUAAAAUGUCUUAAUUCAUACACUCUAGCUCCAGACU